AUGACCUCUCUCUCAACUCUGGAAAACGGGCUCAACCUCAAGCGUCGAGCAGUGAGUCUCAGUGGGUGGGCGCUCAUUUCGCUUAGCUUUCAGACACUUGGGAUCAUCUACUCCGAUAUUGGAACGUCGCCUCUUUAUGUACUUAACGGAAUAUGGCCCGCCUCUGGACCUCUCCCAUCUGAAGAGGAUAUAAUUGGUGGUAUCAGCGCCAUCAUUUGGUCGCUCACGCUGCUUCCCCUUCUCAAAUACGUCUUUGUCUCUUUGUAUUUCGGAACUCAAGAAGGAGAAGGAGGUUCUUUCGCCUUAUACCAGGGUUUGUAUCCGCCCGCAGACAAGAACCAUGACGAGGAUCGGACUCUCACCGGAGACACGACCCUUGGACCAGAAAAGCCAGCACAUACUUUGAAGGAAAAGGCUCGUUGGCCACUGUUGAUAUGGUGUUUAUUUGGAACUUCGCUGACGAUGGCCGACGGUAUUUUCACACCGGCCGUUUCAGUCACAAGUGCUGUUGGGGGUAUAGCCGUCGCCAAGGCUUCCGUCACCAAUGACAUUAUACCCAUUUCUAUCGUUUUCCUUUUUGCGUUGUUCGCUGUGCAACAAUUUGGAACACAUCGUCUGGCAUUUCUCUUCGCUCCUAUCUCGUUCCUAUGGUUCCUCCUUCUAAUUGGAACUGGAAUUGCCAAUGUUAUCACUCACCCCGGAAUAUUUCGCGCUUUCGAUCCUUCUCGCGCGGUAAUGCUCUUUGUCCGCACAAAGAACUAUGACCUACUUGCUGGUGUUCUUCUUGCCAUCACCGGAUGUGAAGCCAUGUUCGCAAAUCUCGGGCAGUUCAACGCGACCUCGAUCAGGCUUUCCUUCUGCUUCUUCACAUACCCCGCUCUUGUGCUAGCAUACCUCGGUCAAGGUGCCCGUUUGAUCAGGGACGGUGAAGCGGUCUUUUCCAAUGUUUUCUAUAACACCAUCCCAGGACCCGUCAACGGACCUCUAUUUUGGAUCAUGUUCGUAUUUGCCAUUCUGGCGACACUCAUCGCAUCUCAGGCUUUAAUCACUGCGACAUUCAGUCUCGUCCAGCAGGUCAUCAAUUCAAAGGCCUUCCCCCCUCUCCGCAUGCUCUACACGUCCGAAACCAUACAAGGCCAAGUUUAUAUCCCAGCCGUUAAUUGGGCGCUCAUGAUCGCAACUAUCGUCGUGGUCGCGGCGUUCUCAAAUCUGGCAAACUUGACAAACGCUUAUGGUUUUGCGGUGGCGACUGUGAUGUUUUCAACAAGCUUGCUUCUAGGAAUUCAAAUGUAUUACGUCAAACAUUGGCCAAUGAUUGUUGGAAUCGGAUAUUUCCUUAUAUUUGGGUUCUUUGACGGGCUCUUCUGGGGUGCCGCGUUAAAGAAGGUUCCCCAUGGUGCCUGGGUACCAUUGACCAUCGGUGUUAUUCUUCUCUUGAUAAUGACUCUCUGGGUCUGGGCCAAGGGGCUGGAGGACAAGUUCGACGGUGCAAACCGCAUGAACUUGAGACAUUUCAUACGUCCAGAUGAGAAGGCAUCUGAAGCCAAUUACGACGAAGAUGGAGAAGAGCUGGAUCCUGGACUCCCGCCCUAUUUCUACCUUCCCAGUCGGGCAGAAAAGGCAGCGGGCGAGAAGAUGGUAGAGGAGAGGAGAAUGUUGCAACGUAUUCCCACUUGUGCUGUCUUCCACAAGAUUGCUUCAGGAAAGGGAGUUCCCCACACUUUUAUUGGCUUCGUCCGUCAAUGGCCGGCUCUUCCUCGCGUUGUCAUUUUCCUUUCCGUGUGUAUCGUCCCGACGAAUCGUGUCCCCGUUGAAGACCGCUAUGUUGUGAGCAAGGUCCGGACUGUCGAAGGCUUCUAUGGUGUAUCGUAUUACCUUGGGUUCCGUGAUGACUUUAAUGUUCAGGUACAAGAUCUAGUAGCUAAGAUCAUCGAACUUGAGAGAGCAACUAAUCCUCGGGCGGAGACCAUCAUCGGAGAGAUUCUUGCCGUCACCAAGACUGCGACUCACAUUGCGCCGCAUUAUCAUGUUGUUUCUAAAAAGGUGGAGGGUGGUCUUCUGUCUCCCAUCUCCAACUACAUCAGACGAUUUUUUGUUGAGGGCGUGUAUCGUCGUUUGGCGACGAUGUUCCCGGAAACGGCGAAUUGGCUCACCUCUGCAGACGAGAUUAUUCAUGUCGGAAUCAAUGCUGUAAUUUAG